AAUCUUUUUCUCUCAGGUAGUUACGGUUAUCAUACCUACUCAUUUGUGGACAGACUGAAGUUUUUGUUGUUGAAUUUGUGGAAAUGGGAAAUUGUUUGGAUUCUGUUAACAAUUUAUGGCUAAUUGUUGAUGUAAAUUAGAUUUUCCAACGUGAUCUGUAUUGUUAAAUCAACUGUUUAAUCAACGGGAAUAAUGUUCAAUACAAUAUCACCUUCGAAAAGUGUAUCUAUCAAGUGUUAUCAUCUAAAUUGUGAACAUAUUGAUUAGUGAAAUAAAUUUUUUUAUCCAAAUCUAUUUGUGAACAAUUUGAAAUGACAACAAUUUACCACAAUUUAAGGUGACAAAUUAGUAUAACUAGUGUUAGAUUGAGUCAACAAUUAUGGAACUAAGUAAAUUUAAUCCAGUUAAUACCAAAUGGUUACAUUUAACUGUCGUUUUCCUCAUAUUUGGUUUAGAAAUUGUUUCCAGUGAAAAUGUCACUUUGUGUCCUCUCUUAUUGAGAAGUGUUUGUCAAUGUGAUUCUAAAUAUCUCAUCACUAAUUGUACUUCAGCAAAUAUAACUGAAAUUUCCUGGUUACAUGAUAUUCCAAUUGAAACGAAACAAUUAAUUCUCACCGGUAAUGAUUUACCCAAAUUACCAAAAAAUGUUUUCGGGUUUGAAAGUAAACAAAUCAAACCAGUUGAGUAUCUUGACCUGUCCAGCAACAAGAUCCAAUUGAUUGACAGUGAAAGUCUUCGUGGCUUCAGAUUGGUCAAGAAAUUAAUUCUAAACAACAAUCAAAUAUUGAUCACAGGUGAUAAUUUUCCUCGAGGUUUGUUCAAUGGGUUCAACGAUUUAACGGAACUUCAUUUGGCCUCAGCUUUUUCGGACACUUCGAAUCCACAAUUUGUGCCCAAUUUAAUUACUCUGCUUAAAGAGGCAAAUUUAACUAAUUUAAGUAUCUUAAACUUGGAAUCAAAUGGAAUCAAUGGUUUUCCGGAAGAAUCAACAAUUUGUUCAUUUCCAUCACUUCAGAAAUUGUUUCUCGCCGGUAAUUCGUUUGGUCAACUUCGGCUUAAUUUCACUUGUACGCCACGAUUAAGGACACUUGACCUUUCUCAUAAUUUGGUCAAGAAUCUGGACAAUGUGUCCACCUCUUUCAUCGAGGAUCUGCCCAGGUCAUUUCAUAUGAACCUUACGGGAAAUCCGUUUGCAUGCGAUUGCCGAAUGGACCAUUUUCUGACCUGGAUCAAACGGACACCCUUGUUUGUUAUGGGUAAAGAUAAUUAUAUUUGUUUAUCGGGUUACCCAGCGGUUAAUGUUUAUCGUCGAUUGAUACAAUUAACGUCCGAUGAUCUUGAUUGUGAUCCCUCUUGGUCUCAAUCAGCAACUUUCUCGUUCUAUCCUCAUAUUAUUUUGGCCAUUCUAACGGUCACUGUUGUUUUGCUCUUGGUUUUGGUUCUUUAUCAAGUUCGGUCCAAUAUUUCGGACUUUCUCUUGACCACUUGGUCGAACAGUAAGAUCAAAAGUUACUCUGCCCUUCGGAAGGACGACAAACCCGAAACAGCGAAUCCAGAAAGACGAAUUAUCGAGAUUUCGGUUUAACGAAAUAAUCCACCAAAUAUUAACCAUAUCAAACUCGUUAACUAAUUGUCACCGACUUCCGAUUGAUACGAAUAAUUUAAUCAAUCAGUUAAUUGUCCUUGUAAAUUUUACAGAUGAUUUUUGUUUUUUUAAAACAAUUAUUUUGGUUAUAAAUUAUUCUCGUCACUUACAAAUUGACCAUUGGUCAUUAGCGUUUAUUUUUGUGUAUAUUAAUACAAGUAAAGUGCUCGUUAAACAAUAAAAAUUUAUGAAUCGAAAAUUAAUCAACAA